UGGGAGGGUCACACAGGCCAGUGUUGUAUAUAGAGCAGAAAAAAAAGCCAUGUUUGCUUCAUGCUGGUCAUUAGUUCGGAUACUUUUGCCCAGACCCACGGUGACCAUUCGCUCCGUGUGGAACUGACGACAAGGUAAAAAAAAAAGAAGAAUAUCAGCACCUUUUGAAUUCACGUGGAGGAUCUGCAGAGAGGAAGUGCCAGCGUUUGGUUUGGUCAAAGGUUCCUUGGCCGCCGUCACAGGCUGCAUUCCCACUCACCUCCUGCCUGCUGAAGUACGUAGAUGCCAGCAGGGAUUAGGUGAUGUGAAACCCACCACCCUUUAGGCGGGACAUGAGAAGCCAAAAGCUACCUGUUAGGAGUACGAGUGCAGCCUGACGCAUACAUAAGCCAUGAAAGCUGCUUUGUCCUCGGCCGUUUCAUUAACUCACAAGGACAUUGAUGUGGCAGCGUUACACUUCCAGGCCCCUUCCCUUUUUUUGGGGGGUGGUGUGGGGAGUGGGUUCGAACAGAGAUGCAGUGACACUGUGGCAAUUGUUCCCACUCAGCAUAUACACAGGUUGGAGAAUAUGUUGUCUGAAAACCAGGUGGAAAAACAAAUACUACAAGUAUUGUAAAUUAAUCCUGCUAACGGAGGAUAAUCUGAAAGUCACAGAGGAAUGUAAACGCAGACGUCAACAGUUAAAGCUGGAGUUAACCUCACAAAGCCUGGCUAAUGUGAUCAGGUGUAAAAUAUCUCACAUUUUUUCCUACUAUUUUUUUUAUUUCUCUUUUAGCUCCUUGAACAUGUCUUCCGUCUGACCUGCCGCUGCUGCUGCAGUGAGGAUCCAAACAUGCCGUGUGGCUUGGUCAAGUCUUUUCUGGGCAGCCUCUCUCGGAGGAAGCCCCUGGAGCCUGAGGGCGAACAGUCCACGUUUGAGCGAUGCCUGACCACCCUGGACUUGGUGGCCCUGGGCGUGGGCAGCACCCUGGGAGCCGGGGUCUACGUCCUGUCGGGUGAGGUGGCCAGGGACACAGCUGGACCCAGCAUCAUCAUCUCCUUCUUCAUAGCAGCUGUGGCCUCCAUCUUCGCCGGGCUGUGCUAUGCAGAGUUUGGGGCGCGGGUUCCCAAGACGGGCUCAGCGUACCUGUACAGCUACGUGACCGUUGGAGAGCUGCUGGCUUUUGUCACCGGCUGGAAUCUUUUACUCUCCUACGUCAUCGGGACGUCCAGUGUUGCCCUGGCGUGGAGUGGGACUUUUGACGACCUCAUAGGGGGCGUCAUAUCAAAAUUCUUCCAGGAAAAUGUGGCCAUUGGUCUUCCUGGUCUGGCACCUUACCCUGAUGUCUUUGCUGCAGUUCUUAUCAUACUGCUAUCAGGUGUCCUGGCCUUUGGAGUGAAGGAGUCGACGACGAUAAACAAGGUCUUCACGGCGGUGAACAUCCUGGUGCUGCUGUUUGUUACCAUCUCUGGAUUCAUCAAGGGAGACAUUUCCAACUGGCGAAUCAGUGAAGAGACUCUGAAAAACGCCACGGCGGUACUCAAUAACCUCAACUCUACCGCAAAUGUCACAAGCCCCUUUGGAACGGGUGGAUUCUUUCCUUAUGGCUUCUCUGGAACUUUAGCCGGAGCUGCAACAUGUUUCUACGCCUUCGUUGGCUUCGACUGCAUCGCCACCACAGGCGAGGAGGUGAAGAACCCUCAGAAGUCUGUACCUGUGGGUAUCGUGGCCUCACUUCUUAUCUGUUUCAUGGCCUACUUUGCCGUAUCGGCUGCCCUGACCCUAAUGAUGCCGUAUUACAUGCUCAACGAGAAGAGUCCCCUGCCAGUGGCCUUUGAGUACGUCGGCUGGGGUCCGGCCAAAUAUGUCGUGGCUGUUGGUUCACUUUGUGCCUUGUCCACCAGUCUGCUGGGGUCAAUGUUCCCGAUGCCCAGGGUUCUGUUUGCCAUGGCCAGAGAUGGAUUGCUUUUUCACCCACUAACCAAAGUCACCGCCAAAGGGAGUCCUGCUAUUGCUACAAUAGCUUCGGGGAUCGUGGCAGCCAUCAUGGCUUUGCUCUUUGACCUGGAGGCCUUGGUGGAAAUGAUGUCCAUCGGCACUCUGUUUGCCUACACCCUGGUGGCCAUCUGCAUUCUGAUACUCAGGUACCAGGAAGUUUCAGAAUCGUAUGAAAAAGAUCUACACGCUGGAGAACGCAAACAUAAUUUCCUGAAGCCACCUUCGGUACCCAACCCAACUACCUCCAAAACAGUCACCAUCUUGACAGUAGUUGCUGUUUCCUGUGUUACCUGCCUGUGCAUCACCAUAACCCAAGCCCUCGAUGCUUUGGCCCGUUUGGAGGCGUGGAGUCUGGUGCUUGUUUGCAUUUUCGGCGUCCUACUGUUUGUCCUUACCUUCGUAAUCUGGAGGUACCCACAGAAUCCCUCAAAAGCGUCCUUCAUGGUUCCAUUUAUCCCUGCACUGCCUUUACUGAGCGUACUCAUCAACGUCUUCCUGAUGGUGCAGCUGGGCGGAGAGACUUGGUUGCGAUAUGCCAUCUGGAUGUUAGUCGGGUUGGUCAUCUAUUUCUGCUACGGGAUUCGUAACAGCGUCCAGAGGAAGCGACUCAUGGGCCAAAAGAUGAACAUUGAAACCGUGUGUGGCAAGACAGACGUAAAGCCUUCGUUUAAAACUGAGGUCAUCAACGAGGAGAGGUUCUAGGCCUCGGUCUGGAGCUCAGAGAGUCUCACUCAGGUGUUACAGUGAGUCACGGUGUACCUACACUGGUUCAAGUCAAUCAAGUCAACUAGAGCAUGGAUUUAUAAUCCGACAAACUGUGGAGACAUUUGUGUAACAUUUGAAUGUUAUUGUAACCUGAAUUUCUUUUUUUCUUCCCCUAAAUUCCUAAUGUUCAGGUUAUAAUAAAUCUAUGCUCUCUGAGUAAAUUCCUAAAAAUGUAAUUAGGAGACAAAAGACAAUAAAAUGUAUUUUUCUGCCACAUAUUUUUUCUCAAAUAUAAAUGUAAAUUAUAAAUAUCUCAGCAGAACAUUUAUUUUUAGUGGAUUCACAUACUGGUUAGUUAUGUAUUUGUUAAUAAAAUGUAAAUUAAAAAAAUAAUUUUAAAUUCACAUUGUGGAAAAAUGCAAAGAGAUAGCAUGUACAUAAAAAUAAAAUGUGAUGUCUCCAGUUUUACACUUAGAAAUUAAAUAUUGCUAUAAAAAGUUAAAAUAGUUGGUUUUCUUUGUACAUGAUAACAUAUAUAUGUCAUCAUUAUGGUUCUGCACACCUUUAAAAUAUAUUGA